AUAGAAAAUAGUGAAGUUUUGUGCCAUUUUUACUGAAAAAAACAAUUGCAAUGUCAACAUUCUGUCGUCUUUGUCGAAUACAAAUUAUUGCUCAUCCAAAUCCUAUUGCCAGUUCUUCCAUCCGACACGGUCUGAAACUACAGGAACUGAUAUUUGCGUGUACUCAAAUAAUACUAACAAAGGACUUCAGAUUGCCGCAGUUUCUUUGCGACUCCUGCAUCAUACGGCUGGAUGAAACAUACGCCUUCAUACAAUUAUGCCGCGAAUCAGAGGAAAUUUUUUCAAAGUUGUUUCCUCAGCCAGCGCAAGAUAAAAAUCCAACACAGGCACCUAAUUCUCAUGGAACGAAUGAUAAUCGCACAUUCCAGAACCACAGCAAUUCUGUUGCCGUAAAACUCGAAUUAGAGAACGAAAUACUUUCGGUUCCAGUAGAAUAUCCUAACACAUUUGACAUUUUACCUGCAAUUGAAAGCGAUCUUCACAAGAGAUGCAAUAAAGACUGGAUUUCGGAGGCACGUACGCACCGUGAACGGCAACGGCUGUCGACCGCAAAGCGUCGUGCCAAAAUGACCGACGAUCAGCGGGAACGGGAGCGUGAACGUGCGCGAGUCCGCCAGGCUAAGCGCCGUGCCAGCCGAAGUGAUGAAGAAAUACGCGUCCAAAGGGAACGGGAUCGGAUAAGGCAAGCAAUGAAGCGUGCAAAAUUUCGUGAAGUAGAAAUGUUACAACAGCAGCAACUGGUACAGCAUACAGCUAAUCAUGACUCGACAGCGUUUAUAGGACUAGGUUUGGUGCAGAAAUGAAUGGUUAAGUGCUGGUGGGGAUGCUAGAAAUAACACUAAACUUUUGAUGUUAGCUUUCCAACCAGGAACGAUUCAUAAGCAUGCUACUGGUCAUGACGGAAAUUGAUUAUUUGCUUAAAGCAAAAAUCCCUUAUGUUUAUUGAACACAGUAUUCAAAUUCAUCUACUGAAUCUCCACGCAAAUACAAUUUAAAUAAUUUACAAUUGCAACGAUGAAAUACAAUCAAUGUUGCAUUCAAUGAAAGCAUGGACAAACAUUGUUUCAAAAACUUAUCGAAUAUUUGUGAAUGUUUCCGGACUUUCUUUUCGUCAUAAUAAAAACUAAAAGGCUAUUAAAUAUGAAUUUUGUCACAGUUUGCAUUGUAGAUUCUAAUGGCUCCAACAGAAGGCUAGACAAAACAGUGCAA